AUGAAAUUUAUUUUCAUUUUAAUUAUUUUAUUCAUCAAUGCAUUAUUAUGGAGUUUUGUUUUUAUGGGUGGGUCUUCACAAAAUAAAGGAGAAGGGUCGUCUUACCAACAAAGAUAUGACCGUAAAAUUCAAAAAAAUCUGAGUGAACUAAGAAAGAAAAAUAACUGUACUGGUAACAAGUCAAAAGAAAUUUUUCCAAGUGAAAACACACAAAAAGCGUUGAUUAAAUUAUAUUUGAAGAACAAUAAAAUAUUCAAAGCUGCAUGCGAUCAGGCAAAAAAUUCUCCUCGCGAACGAUGGUUUAAUCGCUUCGAAAAUGAGGAAUAUAAGGUAAAAAGGGAAAAGAAUCUGGAUCUGUUCAGUUUGGUUAAUUGGUAA